GAGGGUUCUUGGUGGCCCAAGACUAAGGACGUUGGGAGACUUCCAGAAGGGGCCCCUAAAGCCCUAACCUCUGCAGCUAAAGCAUGCAUCUUAGCCGAGCCCCUGCCCCAAGCCUCUGAUGUCAGGAAACCAGUCCUGGACUUGUCCCAGUAUCAUCCCAGAUUCACAGAAGGGACUUGAAGCUGCAUUUGCUGCUUGGGGUCACACAGCUCGAGCUCGGUUGGUCCGACUUAAUCUCUCGUGCUGCCCAGGAAUGAUCUCCUAGGAACUUUCUGGACCUGUGUCUGCACAGUUCAGCAUAGAGCCUGUACCUAAUACCCAAGGGAGAAGGAAAGGCUGGGAAUCAGCAGAUUUCUCUUGGCAAUGUGCUUCUGAGUGCUCUGCUGAGGAACCAUGGGAAGUCAGCCCAGCAGGGGGAAAACCCUGCCAAGCCCAAGCUUGAGCCCCUCCGUGCCAGACCAGGGUCCUGAGCCUGUGCAAGCAGAAAGGAGAAAGCCCUCAGCGGUGGCCUUGGGCAGUUUCCCGGUAGGCCAGCAGGAGGAGCUGUCACUGAGGCUGGGGGAGCCAUUGACCAUCGUCUCUGAGGAUGGAGACUGGUGGACGGUGCUGUCAGAAGUCUCAGGCCGAGAGUACAGCAUCCCCAGCACCCACGUGGCCAAAGUCUCCCAUGGGUGGCUGUAUGAGGGCCUGAGCCGGGAUAAAGCAGAGGAACUGCUGCUGCUGCCUGGAAACCCUGGAGGGGCCUUCCUCAUCCGGGAGAGCCAGACCAGGAGAGGCUGUUACUCCCUGUCGGUCCGCCUCAGCCGCCCUGCAUCCUGGGACCGGAUCAGACACUACAGAAUCCAUCGCCUUGACAACGGCUGGCUGUACAUCUCACCACGCCUCACCUUCCCCUCACUCCAGGCCCUCGUGGACCAUUACUCCGAGCUGGCGGAUGACAUCUGCUGCCUCCUCAAGGAACCCUGUGCCCUGCAGAAGGCCAGCCCACUCCCUGGCAAGGCCAUACCCCUACCUGUGACUGUGCAGACGACACCACUCAAUUGGAAAGAACUGGACAGCUCUUUCCUGUUCUCUGAAGCAUCUGCCACAGGGGAGGAGUCUCUCCUCAGUGAGGGGCUCCGGGAGGCCCUUAGCUCCUACAUCAGCCUGACUGAUGACAUCUCCUUGGAUGAUGCCAAGGUCCAAAGCAGAGGCCGAAAGGGGAACCAAGGCUGCAGCACCUAGAACCCCAACUCAGCUCAGCCUGACAGCACCCCAGAGGCAAGGCUGCACAGAGUGAGGGAAGGGUUGGGAUACAGAGACACAUCCAGGGUCCCACCUGCAUCCUCUGUUCCUUCCUCUCUCAGCCCUAAGAAGUCACUGAACCUCCUCCCAGUGCCAUGACCCUACCUACAACCUCGAGUUCAAGUACAGACCAGCUGAGAACAGGGCCAGGACUCCAAAAAGAGAAUAAAUGUCGCCUUGGAUCUGA